AUGUCAUCCGAUCCCGAGUCUCCUCAUAGCCAGGCUGUCGACUACAUCGCGAACCCGUGCUUCCACCAGCGGUUGACUCUUCCCGCUACCACUGACCAUGAAGAGCUCACAUUCAGCUACGCAGUCAUAGGUCGUGACGCCCGUCCGACGGAUGGCCAACCACACCCUCCGACGAUUCUGCUCAUGCCGGGCAUGUUCGCAUCUCGGUACCUGGGCCUGCCAAUGCACGCAGUCGCGAAGAAACUGGGCGUAUGCGUGCUGGUAGUCGACCGGCCUGGGAUGGGCUCUUCGACCGAUGUUCCUCUCGAACAGCGAGUUCCCGUCUGGGUUGAGCUGGUCCCCCAGCUCCUGGCACAUCUAGGCAUCGAACACGUCGCCUUGGUGUCGCAUAGCGCAGGGGCUAUAUACCUGCUGAAUACUCUGUACCAUUGCCGUGGUCUUCUGGACCCUGAGAGACCAUUCGUCGCCUUUAUGGCAACAGCACCCUGGGUCGACCCCAUCCACUCUCACAUGACGUCCAUACGGUUUUUGCAGUAUAUCCCAGUCCCAGCCUUCAGCUUCUGGAACCAGAUCCCGCGCUUCUUCCACACCAAAGCCGGGCCGGCCUUCGCGUCCAGCGGCGCAGUCGUCAAGAAGCUCUCCAACGCGGUGACCUUCUCAAACCCAAGCGGUGAUGGCGGCAGCCCGCCGGGCGAUGACUCGCAGCAGCAGCGGAACCGCCAGAGGAUGGAGACCGAGUACGGACUGCCGCGGGCCGUGCAGACGGAGCUGGAUGUCCUGGUCUUCCGGUCCAUGUUCGAGGAGAACACCCUCGGCGCGAACAGCGAGGCGCUGCAGUGCCUGAGGAAGGGACCGGGUGUCACGUGGGGUAAGUGUGACGAUUAUGGCGUCUUCGUGGCGGAUUUGGUCGUGCGAGAGAGAGAACGAGCGGCGUCUGGGGACCGGCGGGCGAAACUGAAGAUAAGGGCGUAUUUUGCGCAGGACGAUGACAUGAUUGGGAAGAAGGGACAGCAGUACAUGGAGGAGUGCUGGCGCGGGAAAGAAGAUGGGGACUUAAGGGACGUGAUUGACUUUGAGUCGACGGUUGUUGAAGGGGUAGAUCAUGAUACUUUGGUGUACUCUUUGGAGACCUUGGAGAGAAUUUUUAUAGAGGCGGGAGGAGUCAGGGGGCUCUGA